AUGGCCGACUCAUUGUUGGAGCUAUUGGCUCCGCAUCUCGAGACACCACCACCUAGUGAUACCACGACUUCCCAAUAUCUUAAUCGUCUGUCCACUCUGUCCUUGCAAAACCUCACGACCACCGAACCUCAGUCCCUCGCCCAAUCCUCCCAUUCCACGCUUCUCUCUCUUCAAGCAUUAUCCAACCGCUCCCACCGGUCCUUUAUUACGUCCGCCGAUAAUUUAUCUACCUUCCGCACAUCCAUUCCCAAGUUGACCCGCGAGGCACAACAACUUCGGGAUGCUGUUCCGAAGUUGGACGAAGCGGCAGUGGGGUUCUCUACAAAGUAUAGCAAGAUCACCGACAAUGCCGCCCUAGAACGACGGAAGAAAGCUAUGCAGCUGACACGCAAUGUGGAUCGAUUGUCCGAUAUCCUGGAAUUGCCCUCACUCCUAUCCACCGCAGUCUCCGCAGCAUCGGCCAACUCAGGAGCGGGUGCAGCAUCCACCACAUACUCCUCUGCACUCGACCUGCACGCACAUAUCAAGCGAUUACAAACAUUAUAUCCAGAGUCGCCCCUGAUCCAAGAUGUGGCCUGCCAGGCCGAAGAUGCGAUGAAAGAAAUGACCACCAAUCUCAUUGCGGGGCUCCGAGCCCAGAACUUACGACUCGCGGCGGGCAUGCGAACCGUAGGCUGGUUGCGGCGGGUCGCGCCAGACCUGGAAACUUUACAAAGUGAAGGAGCCACAGGGACAGGAGAAGGAGCGCUGGGCGCCAUCUUCCUGAUCUGUCGGUUGGCCCAUCUAGUCUCAACUCUGGAAGCACUGGACCCGCUGAGAGAACUUGCCGACCAAGAAACACAGCGGAGGACAAGUGGCAAGGAUAAGGCGGACUCGUGGUCUGGUGGUCAGCAAACGGACCGCUAUUUGAAACGAUACAUUGAGAUAUUCCGAGAACAGAGCUUUGCCAUCGUUUCAUUAUACAAGAACAUAUUUGCCGCAGAGCAAUCGGAGUCCGAGUCUACUACGCUAGGGCUACGGGGAGCCGACUCCAAACAAAAAUCGUCGGAUCCAUUGCAAAAUCGCCCGUCUGCUCUGGCGACCUUUCCUAUGCACCUAGUGCAACUCCUGACCGAUACGAUGAGAACUUACCUUCCCAAUGUUCGGGACAAGAGCUCGCGCGAGAGUCUGCUGACGCAAUUGUUGUACUGCGCGGCUAGUUUGGGUCGCCUCGGGGGCGAUUUUGGCAUGAUUCUGACGGAGUUAAGUGGGGAGGAGGAGAUCGAGUAUGAGUGGGAGGAAGUGAUGCGCAAACACCGGGCAUUGGCAGGACGAUUGGAGCAAUUGACUAGUCGAGUGGCAGUGCAUUGA